AUGAGCGAGGAUGCCCUCGAAAGUGGUGGACAUGGCGCGCGUAGGGCUGUAGAAGAAGCCGGCUUCAGCGCACAACUCAAGGCACAGCUCGAGCAACGCAUCGCCGCUGCAUCUCUCCAGCCGCUCGAUGCCAACCUCCCAGCCUCGGCGUCCCGCCAUACACGCGACCUGGCGACAACCGAGGCAUGGACUGGCGCCGAGAGCAUUCACGAUGUCUCGCUACGAAUGCUCAACGAUGCACACAAGCCGCUGCGAAUGGGCCCGAGAGCAACAUCUAGUCCGGCAGUCCAGAUGCCGCAGAGCAUCGACACAGGCCGCAGGCGUAGCAAAGCCGGGCAGGGCCUACGGUUGGCCAACGCACGCGACCGCACAAACAUGUACGCCUCUGUGCGGUCCGACGCCCAUCUCGACGAAACUGAACGCGAGAAGCGUCUACAAGGGCUCAAGGAACGUUUUGAACCGCAUGGGCGUAUCAUCGUACCAGGCUCGAUACAAGGCUUGGCUUCUCUGGCAGACAGGCGCAUUGAGGAUGCCAUCGCACGAAACCAGUUCAAAAACAUCCCCCGCGGCAAAGGCAUGCACGUCGAACGGGACCACAAUGCCAGCAGUCCCUUCAUCGACACAACCGAGUACUUCUUGAACAAGAUCAUUCAGAAGCAAGAAAUCGUUCCGCCGUGGAUCGAGAAGCAGCAGGAACUCACCAGCGCAGCUUCAAGGUUCAGAGGUAGACUGAGGGCAGACUGGAAGCGACACGCUGCAAGAGAGAUUGCGAGUGCCGGUGGUUCGCUGCAGGACCAGGUGCGGAGGGCUGAGGCGUACGCGCGAGCCGAGCUGAUCGUGAAUCCGUCCAAAGUCAAGAAAGAGACUCUAACCACCGUGGACAAGGAUGGACAAUUGUCACAAAUCUCACUAUCAGGCGAGCUCAAACGCUCCUCGUCAGACGCCUCAGAUACGACCCUCGUCUCUGAGAUCACCGCAGAGAAAACACCUCUUGAUGCCGGUACCGACAUCGCUCCUAGCCCAACAACAACACAAACCGUCGAGGUGCCUCUUGCUGUUCCAUCAACAUCCGUUGAAGUCGCAUCCGCAUUCGCAUCUGAAGACCCUACCGCAAGCCCAUCCGCAAGACCACCGCCACCAACACCAGCAGUCGUCUUCCGCGACCCCGUCUGGCUUGCAAACGAAACCUCGUACCUGACCGCCGCCAUAGCUGAUCUCAACUCCAAAGCGCGCUCCUACAACCUGCAAGCCCCAGAACUCGCACGAAAACCCUACUUCAAUCUCGAUCGCGAGGUGGCAGCCUGCUACUCAGAUGUCGCGCCCCUGCUAGCCGAAGCGAUCGUGGAUCGGGCGCGCAAGCCCGUGAAGAAGACAGAGAGCUUCGGCCAGAGCCUCAGCGAGCGCGGCAUCAUGGGCACGCUAGGUGGCGCUCCUGUGCGUGUCCGCGACGAACGCACCACGAAACAGUACGGUUUCAAGCAGUUCUGGAACGACUUGUUUGCGCCCAAGCCAAAGGAUCCGUGGGCCUGA